AUGGACCAAACCGUAGCCCCAUCAACCAACAGCACAGAUGCCACAGUGAAAUACUUAAAGAACAUCAAUGUUUUCCUGCACUGCAUAAUAUGUGUGCUUGGUGUUGCUGGCAAUGGAAUGGUCAUCUACAUCGCAGGCCUCAAAAUGAAAAGGACCGUCAAUACCAUUUGGUUUCUGAACCUGGCGGUAGCCGACUUCCUAUUUUUUUUCCUGAUCUUUACUAUAAUUUAUGAAUACUGCAAUUCAGACUGGCCUUUUGGUGACUUUAUUUGCAUGUUGAGUAGCCUGGUGACUGUGCUGAAUAUGUUUGCCAGCACUUUCCUGCUAACAGCGAUCAGUCUGGACCGUUGCCUGUCUACCCGGGUGAUGGUGUGGGCCCGGACCAAACGAACCGUCCUGAAAGCGAAGAUAAUUUGCCUGUUUAUUUGGUGCUGCAGUCUACCUUUAGUCAUCUUUCGGAAAACACAUUCCAAUUCUCUGCAACAAACCCUGUGCAUACCUGGCUUUUCAAGUCUGGAAGCCUACAAGAGGGUGUUAGUGUUCCGUUUUUUGGUGGGUUUCCUCAUCCCGUUCGUCAUAAUUUUGGCUUCCUACAUGGCAAUCGGAGUACGAGUUAAGCGCCUCAGGAAAGACAAUAAACUAAAACCCCUCCGUAUUAUCCUAGCAGUAAUCCUGGCCUUCUUCUUCUGCUGGCUUCCCUUUUAUUUUUACAAAUUUCUUAAAGUGUGA